AUGUUCCUGCAGUGGAUCUCCAAGUGCGAGCUGGUGCCGGUGUCGGCAGACUCGCACGUGCUCAAGAAAUUCUCGGAGAAAUGCCAGCGCGGUAUGUGCGAGAUGGUGGUGGGUCACCUCACCGAGGAGGGCGUGGACCCACUGGGAGUGCUACCCACGGGCCACCACAUCCGCUGGGCCAUGGAGGUGCUCGGGCACUCGUUCGCGCUGCCCAUGGAAGACGCUGAGGUCAUCUCGGGCUCGUUGCGCAUCUACGAGUGCUGGUUAGGCGUGGACGAGGAGUCUCUAAACGGCAAAGGUGGCAAAAGUGGCAAGGAUCAAAGACCUGCAUGCAUGCAAAAGGUGGAGCAGACCUUCAUCCAGGACAUGCUGGGCCAGAUGACGCUGCUCUUCGAGGAGCGCCCCAGCAACGGCGCCCCCGCCGGCAGCGCCGACAGCAACUUGGCUACACACGUGUCCCUCUGCACCAAGGUUUUAGAGACUUUCGACGCUCUUGUCAAGCAUCGCGGCUCUCAGUUAUCCAACUCCACCUGGGACCGGUUAAUUCGCCUCAUUCUCGGCGCAGCGGACGGAUUGUUGCACAACUUACGCAACCAAUUGGGCAACCAGUUAUGCGGUCAACUCGUUCGCCUUUUAUUCGAGAUUUAUCUUCGAUCGCUGCCCCAGUGCGGACCAAGGGGAGAAUUGUGGGGACUUUUGCAGAAGUUUUGCCGUCGCUGGAUCCACCGCACGCUCGUCAUCGAGCAGUGGAACGCCGUCACGCUGGGACUCACGCGCAGCCUCAUGCGGCAGAUCCACGACCGGGACGCCCCCAAAGAGAUCGAAGUCAUCUGGGCCGACAACCGCCAGCCGUCCAAGUUCGAGAUGGAGAGUCCGCUGCUGGCCUACGCGUGGUACCGCCUGCUGCGCGUGAUCGGCCACCCGUCCGCCAUCUUCGACCCGGACGUGUACCUCGCGGCGGUGAAGGGCGUGAGCAGGCUGGCGGACGAGUUCGCGCGUAUCCAGAAGGUGCCUCGUGUGCAGUGGGAGCACGUCUUGGGUGCAAUUAACCAGACGCCGAACCGUGACAGCCCCAUGUUCCAGGGAGUGCAGAACGGCGACACCGAUGCAGGUGAUGACGUGGGGACUGCAACUCCGAAGGUCACGGAGCAGCCGAGAGCUCCGCCUGAUGUUAACACUAUCCUGCGACUGCUGGGACCCUGGCUGUUCGACGCCUGUUUGACGCGCAAGCCGCGCUUCGCUGCGGGUCGUAGUGAGGCGCUUCGCUGUCUUGGUAAGCUCAUGUGUCACUACUCGAACGGCCGCUCGAAGCGGGUCAACUGGGCGUACAGUGUGCGCAGUCUGAUGGCGCUGCAGAACGCGCUGCUGGACGACGACGAGCGCAUCGCAGCCUCUGCUGUGUACAACUGGUCCAAUGUUUUCGGAUUGUAUGGGAACCACACGCUGCGCGGUGCUGGAGUCGUCGCGGGACCGUUCCACAAGGCCGUCGAGCGCGUCUUCCGCGCUGCGGAGCGUAAGGACGCUCCGUCUUCAAGUGCGAAGUCGGAUGGUCGACGUGGACAGGAUUCCUUCUUCGUUCAGGAUGAUCAGCACAUUGGUGGCAUUCCGAUUGUGCUGCUGCGUCGUGCCAGUAUCGAGGCCUGCAGCUCGCUUCUCACGAUUCACGCGCACGUUCCGCGUCCGUUGAUUAAGGAGGCGGAGAAGGAAAUCGUUGCACCCUCGAUGGCGGAUAUCCAGGGGCUGUACUCGAGCUUACCCAAGUAUACGAGCUCGAACGUUGUGGCGCUCCUGAUGACGGCGAUUAAGACGGAGACGGACCCGACGAACCAGCAGAUGAUGAUGUGGAUCAUGACCGUGGCCAUCCAGCAGGAGGCGGCGUUCUGGACGAACGGUCUGGCGUCCAGCCGCAACUCGCAGGUGCCGUUCACGAUCUUGCUGAUCUGCUCGAUCAUCAGCAAGUCACAGAAGUACAAGCCGCCGGUGCUGUUCACUGCGUUCGAGUGUCUGCGUCACUUGUCGCUCGUGUGCGAGGAAGUGUUCUUCCACCACGCGAACUCCGUCGUGCACCUGGUCAACGCGUGCUGCGACUUCAUCAGCAACAACGCGCCAGUUCUGCGCUCAAGGACAGCGCCGUUCUACCUGGACAGUCUCAUGGCCGCAGCGUACAACUGCAUCAUCGAGUGGAUCGUUGCGGCGCCUCUGCUGCUGAACAAGCAGCAGGUUAUCGCCAAGAUCAUCACGACCAUUGUGGACGGCAACGAGAGAUUCCAGUCGUUGUCCCCCAACCACACGAACAUGGCGGUGCGCGAAGCAGCGCAGAAGCUGGUGCACAUGUUGAUGAAGCACCACGUCUCGCACACCAGCAACGCUGGUUCUAUCGGCACGCACUCGGCCGGACUGACUGAAAAGUUUGUCGAGCUUAGCGACGCGAGCGACAUCUACCGCCAUUGCCGCUUCUUCUCUGUGAACAAGAACUCCAUCCUGACGGUAAUCGAGAAGCCAGCGAAUGCAGCGCAGUCGGGUGAAGCAAUUCUGAUCAUGCGCGACUCCACAGGCCGCUACGUGUGGCGCUCCAAGCCUCGACACCGCGACGGUCCUCGUCCGAAGAGCAUUGCAGAGUUUGAGAACUUCACGGAAGAUCCAAACUCGCAGGUUCGACGAGACAGCGACUUUGAUUCCGAUUCCAACACGCUCGACGACAGUGAAGACGACGAGGACUAUGAAAGUGACGAGGAUUCCCACGUCGAAGACCCGCUGCUCACUGCGAUCCGCGAUGCACACACCAAGACGCCGCUGACGAGCUGGCGUUCAUCGCCUACUGGCGGAGUGGAACCGGACGCAGAUCCUACGAAGAUAUUGUCUGGCGAGGGCAACACCGGAAUGAGCUCGAUUGAGCGUAAAGCAAGUCGCGAAGACCUUCGUGGCACCAAGGACGCGGUGUUUAUGAACUUGCUGGUGUCCCAGAGCAACGAGGACAAGCUCGCCUCGCAGCCGAGGGGCUCUCUGAGUGGUGUGAAGUGCCACAAGCCCACGCCGCCUGAGAAGGACCCUGCGCUCCAGACGUGGGAAGUCUCCAGGCGGAUGAUGAGCGAGUUGGGCUUCCUGUCUGUGCGCAACUGGGGUUCCGUGUUCGCUAUGGAUGCCACAGUGACUACAGACUUCCUCCGCGACUUGGAGAAGCUGGACAAGCUCCCGGAGCGCGAGACGUUUGACAUUUCCGUGGCUUAUAUGUUCACUGGUACCUCCCGAGGCGGCUACGACCAGAUUCACUUGGCUACCUCGACGGAUGUGCGUGCAGGCUACGUAGAACUCUCGAAGGAUUACCAGCUUUUCCUCUCGUCCCUGGGUGAACAAGUUGGAAGCAAGGACCACGCGGGGUACUCGGGCUUCGACGCUGAGCUCGUGAAUGGCCGGAUGCUCUCGUACUCCCACUACAGCCACGAGGCGUGCAUCUACGUGCCUACUUUGCUCGUCGAAGGAGAGGAGGAAAGCGACAGCGACAGUGACAGCGAUGCUGAAGACACGGAAGGCGCGACUGCGAGGUUGCUCUUCCAGCACGCCAACGUCCUCAUCGUCUGGAACGAGUGCCAGCAGACGUACCGUCCAGGGAGCGUGCUGUGGGACGCAGCGUUCAAGCUGCCGAUGCCGACUUCGGGCGUGGUGCUGAUCAUCGACCCCCUGGGCAACGAUCUGUACUGUGUGCACGUGAGUCACGAGUCCUCGCCGCUGUUUAACCAGCGUGAUGUUAUUGCGAACGAUGAGGACAGCUACGUGGACGAGGCCGACGUAUACACGAGCCGCGUGCUGGGUCCGCUGCUCGACGGUAUGGUGGUCAACGGCGCUUGGUUAGCUCCACUGGUGCGCCAGACGGCCAUCAACGCCGCCAUCCUCUCGCGGGCGUUCCACCGCUACCAGCACGACAUCGGCGCCGUGUCUUCCUCUCCUGUAGGUGCCGAGGCCAACCGCAGCAAGGUCAUCUCUUCAUUUGUGGAGAAGCACAUGCGUCCGAAGCUUCCGGGCGAAUUCUACGGCGACUUGUUUGCAGAUCUUACCAGCGAGCCGUAAACGCGCGCUGAUGUAGAGGAGGAGAAAGGUGGAGUCACUGUGUGAGAAUGGUCCUGUUUAUUGUG